AAGGACAAGAAGGACAAACUGAGCACCUAGCUGACGUAGAUGAGGUUAUUCUGAACGUUUAAAUGUCAGAUAGCAGUUCGGACUUGAGUUUAUCUGUCCCUUUUUUUUUAACUGCGCCACCUCAUGUAUACACAGAGUUGUUUUGUGCGGUUUUGUUUAUAGCAGUAUUUUUUUCAACUUCCUUUCCACGUAAAUUUGUCAGGGUGUGGUGGUGCAGCGUUGUGAUGCGGAAGUAACAGUGAAACCGCGUUGUUUUUGAUUUAUCAGUGCAUGGAGUCGGCAGACAAAAGAUCCUUCAAAUGAAAUGGCGGUGAGGCAGAGGUUUUUCAACUCAACUGAGCCAUUUUCCGGCUUACCCAAAGCUGAACUGAAGGGGUCCUACCCAGUCUGCUCCAGCACAGAGCAGGAGGCAGAAGAAGAGGGGAAGGACUCAAAAAAGGGCUACCUGCCUGUCCCGGAGUGGGGUGCCAUCAAUCUUAUUAAUAAACUCAUCACACGAGGAACUGCUGAACAAGUGGGAGAAUUGCCAAUAAAGACCUCAACGAUCAUCGCUCAGGCAGAAUGUGAAACCCAGGACUCUCAGGAGUUUAGUCCCUCGUGCUUCGAACGCUCGUUUGUUCCCUCCCCAAACUGUUUCCACAGUCUUUCCUUGGAACCCAACAAUGUGGCGUGCCCGACGACGGCCUCCGUCCAGGAGCCGGGCAGAACUACAGCCAGCCACACGCAGAGAAGGAAAAACCGGAGGAAACCAAAAGGCAAGGGYAAGAAAAAGCAGGAGAAGAAGAAGGAGACCCAGCGGCAGAGACAUCGAACGCCGUCAGGAGUCCCCGAACAGGAGAGUGGGAGUUCUGUAAACCUGAUCCAGGAGUCGUCGUGUCUAGGAGGGAGCCGCGACCUCAGCACGUCCUGCUCCAGCAGCAUCGAGAGCUUGGUCGAGCAGGAUCGAGGACAUGCUUUUUUCACCGGACGAAUCUACAACCCCGGCUCCAGCUGCUCUCCUCUGAACUGGCCUGACCCCGUCGUGUGCCCCCACUCCACCUUCCAGUCAUACGAGCAGGACAGAAGCUCCGACUCAAACAGUAGUCUGGGAGACUGUUCCCUCGCUCUUGCUGGUCUCAGGGGCAGUGUCAGCCAGGGGGACCCGUGCUACGCAGGGCCAUUUUUUAAAGAUGUGGAAAGAGAGAUAAACCUGAGCGAAGAUGAGUUCUCUGAUGAUUCAGAGUGCAACGAAGGACUCAUUUUUUACAAUGAUAAAAUUAAGCUCAUGGACUCAGAGUACAAAGAAAAGAGUGAAUACAACUUAUUACAUUUUAUCAAACAAGGUUCUUAUGGUGAAGUGUACAGUGCUCAAGAUCUCAACACAGGAUUCAAAUAUGCAGUCAAAAAGAUUGCCCUGAAGAGGUUCACCAGUGAGGAGGUGGGUGCGUGGAGUACCCUCAGAUCUCCUCGAGUGGUGGAGCUCUUUGGAGUGAUAAGAAGCGGGCCGUAUGUGCUCCUUUUGAUGGACCAGAAGUCUGACUCUUUGGGGCAGCUGAUUGUGCAGCGUGGCCGACUGCCUGAAGAUUUAAGUCUGCACUACUUCUCUCAAGUUCUAACAGCGCUGGAAUACUUGGUGAAGAAAAAAGUGGUGCAUUUAGAUAUUAAAGCUGACAAUGUGUUGCUCUCAGAGGACGGGAGAGACACCUUCCUGUGUGACUUCGGACAUGCAGAGAAACUUGACAAUCAAGGGUGGAGCCUGAGUGGGUCCAAAGACCUAAAAGGCACAGAGACCCACAUGGCCCCUGAGAUCGUAAAAGGGGAACCCCACGGAGCCAAAGCAGAUGUGUGGAGCAGCUGCUGUAUGUUACUGCACAUGCUCAACGGGUGUCAACCGUGGACGAGAUACUACACCUGUAUACUCUACCUGAAGAUUGCAAAUGAUCCCCCUCCUCUCAGAGAGAUCCCACCUGACUGUAGCCAUCACACAGCUGAGGUUUUAAAGGCUGGACUCCAGAAGGAUCCAGUAAAGAGACCAUCAGCAACUCAACUUAAAGAAAAAACAGACAGAGCUCUGAAAGAAGUUGGAGGACUCACCAGUCCGGUCAAAGGCCCCUACACAGAUCCUCUGUAUAAUGUCAGAAAACUGCCCGAUUCCCCGCAACUCAAUAACAGCAGCGUCGACUUCGAAGACAAAAAGAAUCAAAUGGAGUCCGCUGAAAAAGUGAUCACGGCAGGGUUAAAGACACAGAAACUGCAUUCUGGUCCACAAACGCUGAUCUCUAAGCCAAGCCAAAGGUGGAGCAACAAGAUCUCCACAAUGCCGGAGCUUGAGCUUCGUAAACUGGAGCGAGACUUCUACCUGAGCAGCCUGUCUCACCUUCAUUCUGCUGAGGAGCAGGAGCAGCUCCUGUCGUGUAUCAACAGUGAGCCGAGGGAGAAAAAGGACUCUGGCCGCUGGUCCCUGAGCCCAUGUGAUGAAUUCAGCUCUGGCUUCUUCUCCUACAACAGUCAGCCAGAUGUGCAGGCCUUCAGCGUGGAUUUGCUUGGUCAAACACCAUUUCCACCACCUUGGUGUUUUGAAGGGGUGGAUGUCUGCAUCAGAAACUUCAACAGGAGAAGCAUUCGGAUCAGAGAGAAGCGUCGAGUGAGGAUUGGCCACAUCGCUACUGGAAUCAGCGAUCAGAUCUCUGAGCGAGUGUUCACUCUGGAGACCCUGCAGGGUCAGCAGAUCUCUCACUGCGAGGAAGUGCUGGAUUCUGGUCUGGAGCUCCACUGUGUUCCAGCUCCAGACUUCAGCCCCACGUGGAAGUGGAGGGUCAAAGACGGCAUGCUGGAAACGAGAUAGAGCCCUCAAAACUUUGCUGUCACUGAAUGAAAACUUGCGGAUCAUUUCACAUGCUAAAAAGAUUUCAUUGUCCCAGUUUUUAUGUUUUAACGUCAAAGAUCUUAAAUGUUACAAAUGAUAGUGUUGUGUAAUGUUUGUAUGCUUUUAUAUUCAUGAAAUAAACAUUGGAUUAUUCUGUGAGCUAA